AGCGAGUUCACAAUAGUGGCAAGCAUUUGUUCGGCGUUGCUUCUCGGUUACGAAGAUAAAAUUUUGCCACAAAACGUGACAGAAUUUUUGAUAACAACCGCUGUUCCACUUUUUGCACAGCACAGAUUUAUAGAAGGCUGUAUAUUGAUGCAUUUAGCUGGCGCUAAUCUUUCUGCCGCAAGAUAUCUUCAGGACAACGGAAGAUGGGAAGAUUCUGUCGAAGUCUGCAAAUUGGAAGAGUUUUCGAAUGAGUCGAAGAGUUUGUUGAGAAGAGCCGCCCACCACUUCUUGGAUACUGGAAAUGCAAUGAACGCUUUGUUGCUGUUCAUAUCAAUAAGAGAUUUCCAUCCUGCUUUGGCAAUUUUGAUGCAGAUAAAAUACAAAGCUCUCGCGUUUCAUUUGAUGAUGUUCUUGGAUAGGGCUGAUGUAAUUAAGCCGUACGACGAAGACACUUCGAGAUACGCAACACAGUUUGCGGAUUUGGAUACUUUGAGACAGGAUAUAAUUGUCAAAUAUGACAAAAUAAUUAAGAAAUAA